AUUAAAGACCCAAAGAUGAACUUGUUCAUUCAUCAAAUAUUAUAUUAUGAAACUCCCACUUUUUGCCAGGCUCAUAGAAUUAUAACACUAUUGUUAUACUUGUCACUGAAACCAUCCCCAGCAGCUGAUGUGUCCAGAGCUGGAUAUAGUUCCUCAUCCAGUCACAGGUACAUUCCCCGGAGGGCAGUGCUCUAUGUACCUGGAAAUGACGAAAAGAAAAUAAAGAAGAUUCCCUCCCUGAAUGUGGAUUGUGCAGUGCUCGACUGUGAGGAUGGUGUGGCUGCGAACAAAAAGAAUGAAGCUAGACUGAGAAUAGUAAAAACUCUUGAAGACUUGGAUCUGGGCCCAACUGAAAGGUGCGUGAGAGUCAACUCAGUGUCCAGCGGUCUGGCCGAGGAAGACCUAGAGACCCUCCUGCAGUCCCAGGUCCUUCCUUCUAGCCUGAUGCUACCGAAGGUGGAAAGCCCUGAAGAAAUCCAGUGGUUUUCAGACAAAUUUUUGUUCUACUUAAAAGGCCGAAAACUUGAACAACCUAUGAAUUUAAUCCCUUUUGUGGAAACUGCAAUGGGUUUGCUCAAUUUUAAGGCAGUGUGUGAAGAAACACUAAAGGCUGGAUCUCAAGUGGGUCUUUUUCUAGAUGCAGUUGUUUUUGGAGGAGAAGACUUUCGAGCCAGCAUAGGUGCAACAAGUAAUAAGGACACCCACGAUAUUCUCUACGCCCGACAAAAGAUCAUUGUCAUAGCUAAGGCCUUCGGUCUGCAGGCCAUAGAUCUGGUAUACGUCGACUUCCGAGACGGAGAGGGGCUUCUCAGGCAGUCAAGAGAAGGAGCUGCAAUGGGAUUUACCGGGAAGCAGGUGAUACACCCUAGCCAAAUUGCUGUGGUCCAGGAGCAGUUUUCUCCUUCCUGUGAAAAAAUUAAGUGGGCUGAAGAACUGAUCGCUGCCUUUAAAGAGCACCAACAACUAGGAAAGGGAGCCUUUACUUUCCGAGGGAGUAUGAUCGACAUGCCAUUACUGAAGCAAGCCCAGAACAUUGUUACACUUGCCACAUCCAUCAAGGAAAAAUGAUCUGUUAAAUGAAGCUCUCAUCAGUGGCCCUUACCAUGUGCCCCACAGGGGUCUGCUUUCCCCCUUCCUCUCCCAGUGCCCCCACAGGAAGCCACAAGGCGAGUAGAGUUGAAGGUAACAUCCAAGGAAGGCCCCAUGGAACCAAAGCAAAGUGGAAGAGGCCCACGUGGUGUCAUGCAACACCAGCUCUCGCCAGGAAGGAGGCAAUCCAGUUCAAAGAGGCAUGCUGAAGGAACCUGGUCCAGGCAGGAGGGUUCUGGGGAAAUAAAUUCUUGAGAGACCAACUAAUAUGCCCAGACACAUGGACUCCAAGGAGACAGCUCUUAAAUUGAGAUGGGAUGUGCUGGGCUGGGCUUGGGCAGCACAUGUCCCCUCCUGGGUGUGCUGGGUUAAUCCCUCAUGAGAGCCUUGCCAUCCUUCACCCGGUGCCAUCCCAGAGUUGGCCCAAAUGGAAGGUGGGAGAGCCCCAUCCCUGCAUGGUAUCGCAGCCCACUUAGAAGAUGACUGGCCUCCCACCAAACUGGGCUUCAGGACUGCGGACAGGGCCAGUGGGGUGGCAGUUGCUGGAGAAGAAGUCACCCGAGCCCCACUGUUACAGCUGUGCCACCUGGGCUGAUGUCAGGAGUGCCCUGGGGUAAUCCAGGACCGUACUGUCCGUGCAGUCGGACCCGUCUGCUUAGAACCCAGAGACCCAGGAGAACUGGGCAGCAGGCAAAGAGAGGCCCUGCUCAUUCUGGCCUGUCCUAUACACACACACCCUCAGGGUGUUAGAAGCAAAAGCUGGAGCUCUGUUAAACAGAAGAAGAAAAUAAAAGCUUUCCUUCACACUUCCCUACAGGCAGCCCUCCCUUCAACGCAGCUCCCAUGCCCAUCCUCUUGUGUUGGUCCAGGUGACCCAUCCGGAAUUUACAAGAUGACACUCAGAUGUUCCAGUCUCCAUCCCAGUUACACAGGCAACCCCCAAAUCCUACAGGUGGGGCUCUUCAGGCUAUGGGCUCACCCAGAGCCAAGCCCUCCCUCUGACGGAACCUCAGAUGCUGCGGGUGAAGGCAUUUGGAGCCCAGGAAAAGCAGUCCCCUCAGCAAGACGUCUGGGUAGUGCUGCAAGCCUGGCCCUCACCAGGAUUCCUGACCCCCAUCACCCCCACACCCCUGACCUUUUUGGACUGAUCUCCACACCCUUUACCUCAAACUGCACUCUGUUCAAACAAAACACCUUGUUUAAAUCGCCCUAGGUGUCAGACUUACCAUCUUCCUCAUAACCCUAUGUUCCCAAUUACGGUAGGGUCGUGACACUGGGACCCGCUGGAGCUGGAAAUUUGGACCAAGGUCUCACUCUGUGAGCCUAAAAGGGCCCAGAGGAGGUUUUAGUCAGGGUGAGAGACCCGUUAUGCCUCCAGAACAUGGAGGUGCUGGAAGACAAAAGGCAUGGCCACUAUCUUCCCACCUGCAUGUCUGGUACCGUGGGUGGGGAAGGCCCCACAGGGGAGGAGGGCUGGGUGAGCUGCCCCCUCCUGGCACGAUGAGAAUGCCCAGCCUGGGGAAUUCCUCCCGGCCACGAGUGGACACAAAAAGAGGACCUUGCAAGAAUCUGAUUAAUUAAAAAACAUACCUGUUCAUGUUUUGUGUAGCUCAUCACAAGCCACUUCGCCAUAUCACCCCCCUGUUAUUAAUUCUUGGGGGCUAAAUUAUGGGUAACACUAUUAAAACAUUAUCAGAACUAAUGAGAAACAAUUACUUAGAAAAUGAGCCAGGACAAGAUUGAAUUGAGAACAUCAGUGGUGAUCACCGUAGAUUAGUUUCAUAAAUCAUCAGGUGCAAGGCAAAAAAAACUGUAUGCAAAGCCCUGUCACAGGAAAAUGAUAUUGAGAUUUUUUUCUUUUGCAUAAUUUUUUCAUUAAUCUCAAUAGGACCCGUGUGGUGUAGGUUGUUUUAUUCCCCUAAUACCUUGCCUGAGGGGGGUGCCCGAUAAUGUCUUCAUUGUUUUACUGAGGUCUUAAUGACAAUCUGUGACAACCUCAUUUUAAUGUAUAGAGGACUAUAUCAGUACAACCAUGUUUUAUUGAAACGGUGAGGGGUACCCCAAGGGAGUCGGGCCGGUCCCAGGAGCACAAGCUGGGAAGUCCCCGCGCAGCCAGUGCUGCUGUGUCAGGUCUCCAAGCGUGGGACCGCGGGCUGCCCGGCCCUCCUCCAGGGACCGGCUGCGAAAGCGUCCUCAAGAUAGAAGACUUCACCGCCUCCGAUUUGAAUUUGAAAGUAACUCGUUGCCUGGCUUAUUCUGCUGUGUAAAUGGGGCAGACUAUGUACGGGUUUUUUUUUUUUCUCUUCUAAAAUAUAUGUGUUAUUAGUGUCAUUUGCACAUAAACCCAGUAGUUCCGCCCGAGUUCGGGAAACUGACCUUCAUUGGGAGCGUUGAAUUUUCUAAUGAUGUCUUAAAAGAAGAAAAAAAGAAUACAUGUUUUUAUAUGAAGGACAUUCUGCUUUUAUGGUUUCCGUUUGUCUUGGAAAACUAAAUGUCUUCCGGUUUUAUUUUUAUUUUUACCUCCACUACUUAAAAGACAAUUGAUGGUACAAAAUAGGUUAUAAGAUUACCGGCAGGAUCUUCUGCACAUAUAUGUUGGCAAGAAACACUGGACCGGUGUGUAACCGCGAGCUUGUCCUCCUGGCUUGAGACACUGUCCUCCCAGCCCGGAGACCCGACCCCCCGCGAGGUUUCCACAUGACAACUUUUGGGGAAAGUAAUUAGCAGGGCUCUGCAUUUAAAUGUUCCAACCUUAGUCUUCCUUUACGCGCUUUAUUUUAAAUCGGAGUGGGGACGGGAGGCUAAGAAAGCCAACAAAAUGGAAAAUGAAUUACUUUCAAAUAGCUAACUCGGUACCAAAACCGUGCGCGGUGGAAACGGGUAGCCUUUUGCUGUUUUGGGACGGGUGUUGGUGGAGGUUAGUUUGUUUACAUUCCAGCAAUUAUUUGCUGGUGUGCUUCCUUCCAAGUCAGUAACAAUCGCCAGAUACAAAGUGCCGAGUGGGACAGAACUGAAGUUGUCGUCAGCGCCUUUUGUGGUCGUUUGCCGCCGAUCCAACUGAGUUUCAGCUAAGCGGACGGAAACCUGCGCAAUUUAUUUUUUAAAAUUUGCUUCAGAAAGCCUUUGAGGAUUUGUUUGUCGCUCGCGCCCUCACUUUGUGCACUUUUCAUUGCAAAUGAUCUGCUCGGUUUCCCUGCUCGCGUCUUCCGACGGCCUGGGCCCGGCGACCGGGAGGCGCGCCCCGUCGGAAGGAUGUGCGCCCGCGGGGCCGGGACCCGCC